AUGAACAAUCUUCUUCUGUCCCUCAACCUUCAUGCUCCAUUCGCCACACCGGCAUUGUUCAAUGAUCGUAGUUUACAGUUGGAAGAUGAAGAUGGUCAUGAUCAUCACCAAAAGAUAAAAACAUCAUAUACGAAGGGGGAGUUGUUUGCUAUUGCGAACACGUUAGCAACCAACAAAGUAAUGAUCAAGAAACGCAAAUUAUGUUCGUUGACGGAGGAGGACAAUAACAACAAAAAGAAGAGGAAGAUGCCAAAGAAGAAGGAGCAUGUGCCGGUGGUGAACAACGAAUCAAUCGUUCAGUUGAAACGGUUCAUCACGGGUGAGAUGGGUGGUCUAGACAUGAAGCUUGUGAUCCAGAAAGUCUUGUAUGAAAGUGAUAUGAAAAAAGAUCAAAGCAGGUUAAACAUGCCGAUAUUGCAACUGAAAACACAACCACAUCAGUUCUUGACGGAUGAGGAGAUAAGAAUGAUUGAUGAAAGUAAAGAUGGUAUGGAGGUUAGAGUUGUGGGUUCAAAGCUGCGAAUGUAUGAGCGACCGCUGUGGUUGAAGAAGUGGCAUUUGCAACAGACGGACAACUAUGUGUUGAAGACAAACUGGAACAAAUUUGUGGCUGAUAAUGAGGAUCUGAAGAAAGAUACGAUGAUUCAAGUGUGGGCGUUUCGUAAAAACCGAAAGUUAUGCUUUGCCAUUGUACCAGUGGAGUUGUGA